AUGCUGAUGCAAAUAAAGGAAAAGCAUCGGAAGAGAAAACGAAACUCAGUAAAUGAAUCGCAGUCGUAUUGUGAAUUAGUUAUUGAAGAAUUUCAGUUAAUCUGUGCAUUCAAGAAGAAAGUACUAGUGCAUUUUGAAAUUCUAUUUUAUACUGUUUCGAUAAGUAUGAUAGGAGUGUUCUGGCACAAGUUAUGAAGAAAAUGAAAAUGAAUUAUCGCAAAACGAAGAUGAAAUUGAGAUUCCCAAAUUAGAUGAAAGUGGACAAACAGAGAAAUCGUCAGACAGUGAAGUGGGAAAUUUUCGGAAUUUUCGUCGUAGCAGAAAAAGAAUACGCAUUCCAUCCGAUUCUAAGUCCGAGAAUGACGCAAACAUUCCCAGAUCAUCUCAAAAUUUGGAUGCAUUUUGCGACACAGAAAUUGGGAUCGAUGAAACAAUUUGGAAGAAAUUGGAAGUAGGCGGAUCUAGCGGUAGACCACUUAUCCAUACGAUAUUCAAAAAUGUCGCUGGUCCUACUAGCUCAGCAAAAAUAUGUUAG